ACUUGGGUUUUCAUCUGCUUUUCAGUGUUCUUCGUAUGAAGCAUGUAGAACUGUUCAAGAAUAUAUAAAAUGUUUAAAGUGCCUGUGAACAUGAAUAUGGAUUUUUUAAUGGUUAAUUCUCUGAUGGUAGAAUUAUGAAAAAAAUCCCUUACUUGGUAAUAAGGUCAAACUUACAAAAUUUAACCACAUUAUACACAUUAUUUAACCAUAUUACCUCUAUGUUGAACAUUAACAAAAUUGUGUUAUGUCCUUUGGAUUUUGGAUUACUGGUAAAUAUAUCAGAACAUUUAAUAACGAUCACUCAUCUUAUUGUGACAAAUGUGAGCUAUUAUAUGAAUUUAAACAUUUUAAUCAAACUAAAUUUUUACAUGCUGAUAUUUUUUUAAACGUAUUAACAUGAGGUAAAGUUUUUGAAAACAGCUACAUAGAUACUGUUUGUUUUAUUGACUUAGCAGAAUUAAAUCUCUGCAUGCUAUUUCUGUAGUGUUCACUCUGGUCCUGUUUACUGUCAUGUGCAGUGCUUUAUAUGGAGAUUUAAAUAAAGCAAAGCUUAAAUUAGAAGGUCAGUGUGACAGAGGGAUAAAUGAAAAUAACAGAAGUGAGCAAUUCUCACAGUUCAUAAAACUUUUCACUUUUUCCACUUGAAUAAAUAGGAACGCACAGCAGCCAUUAACUGUUUGAGUGCUAGCUGAGCAGUGUGUUUCUAAAUGCUGAGAUUAAAUAUUGAAAAAACAUCUAAUGCUGAGGAAAAUCUGUAGUUUUCAAUAAAUGUCUUAAAUAUCUAUUAUUAUUUAAAAUAAUCUUGAGAGUUUUUAUAGAUGUUUUAAAAGUAUUACAGUGACACUAAUGGAUUUCCCAUUGGAAAUUGUUAAUUUACUAAUAAAGAGAUCACAGACGUAAAUGCUAUUGACUUAGAUUUAAGAACUAAAAUAUGUGCUGCUACUAUUUCAAUUCUUUUUAGAUGGAAAGUGGACUCGAAAUCAUAAAGGAGGUGUCCUGGAAAAAACAAUGCUCCAAUGUGGCAGCUAUUUUUUUCACUGAAAAAAAGCAAGCAAUCUCAAAUGGCCUUCUGAGUUACAGCAUAUCUUUGGUGCAUUGUGGUUAUCAGAUCAACUGCUCUGCUCCCAGUAGAUGCUGUCCUGUACAGUAAUUGUGCACUAGUUCAUGGUGUGUGGGAGUAACUCAAUAUACUACAAUGUGCUUCAGAUGUCAGAUAAUGCAAGUCCUACAUAUUGCUUAUCAUAGGGACAAAGACAGGCAGGUUCUCUCCUCACCUAGAGAAAUCAAGAGGUGGAGCCAGACAAACCUUUAUAGCUAAAACUCCGCAACAAGUGGGCAGACAUCGUCACUGAUCACACAGCAAAAUGAGAGGUCUUGUGUUCUUGUGCCUUAUUGGAUAUUCUCUUGCAAGCAGUUCUCCGUACUCUUGGAAUGGCCCAGGAGAUGCGAAUCAGCCUGAUCCUGGCAAUGACAAUGUUUGCCUCACUGAUUCUGAGAGCUGUGGCUGUUGCCUGAUGCAAAAGCAGAUGAUAAGAAUGGAGAAUUUCUUCAACAUAAGCCUGAAUGAGAUGCGCAAGGGCCUGGAUAGAGCUGAAUCUGCUCUGAAUAAUGUGCGCUCCAGCCGCAGUGCCUUUUCAGUGGCACUGACUGAUACUCGUCGAUGCCUUACUUCCAGCCGAGAUGACACUGUAGUGAAGUACCAGUCUAUAUUCAUUAACUUAGGCGAUGGCUACAAUGCUAGUACAGGCAUCUUUACAGUGCCACGCUCAGGGGUCUAUGCACUGGCUCUUACAGUGUACAGUGAUGCAGGUGCCCCUGGCGCCCUCUUGGCUGCCUGUGCUCGCUUGCGUAAAAAUGGUCGCGUGAUUGCAGCACUCAGUGAAUAUAACACACAGGACCAGGAGGACAGUGCUACAAUUGUAAUGGCAAUGCAAAUGCAGACAGGGGACAAGUUGGAUGUGAUUCUUCCUUCUGGCUGCUACCUGUGUGAUGACAACAGCCAUUUCAACACGUUCAGUAGCUUUUUGCUUUAUGCUACAGAUUAAUUUUUAUUUUAUUUCUCUGAUCCCCUGUCCAUGUUUAGACCCUUGCAAUAAUAAUUGUGAUCCUUUAAAAUUAAGGCCAUGUAUCCAUUGGCUCCCAUGUUGAAUUCCUGAUCUGAUAAUUAGUUUGUUAGAUUUCCAGUUCACAAAUGUGCCCCAGGUUCAAAAUUGUUGAGACAGGUUUACUGCUUACUAUGUAAAAUCACAUUCACAAAAUAUAUAUUUUUGCUAAUCUUUAACCCACUUUUUUGUUAAUCUUUAGUCUGUGUAAGUCUG